CUUCAUAUUUUACCAUCGACUCACACUAACGAAAUCGAUUUCUGCUCUUCUUACUCACACACAUUCGAAAUGCAGAAACUAGGUCUGCUCCGAAACGUUCUGAAAUCGGGUCAUCUCAUUCGGGUCGGGUAUCAAAACCCACGAAUCAGCUCACUCCUUGGCGAUUCUCCAAGGGCUUUCUCAACUGCUGGAGGAACCACAACUCAGAACUCUCCUUCACUUGACCCAUUUAUUCGCAAUCCCAAUACAGGUUUAAUGUAUGGCACGGUGAUUGGCAUUACAAAGCAUACGACCAAGAAUGAUAUACUUAAUUUGCUAGAGGACUGUAAUUUGACUCCUGAAGAUCUUAAAGUUCGAUACACUCCUUUUUUUUCCCCAAUUGGAAUGCUGAUCCAGUUUCCUUCUAUGAAUGUCUUUGAUACUGCUGCAAAGACACUUGGUAGGAAGGGUCGCGGGUAUAGACUGUCCAUGACAAGACCUGAAAUUUGGGAAAACAUAACAUCUUACAAUGGAAAGGCUUUGCUACUCCAAGAUAUCCCUCGCAACGCACUUCAAGAUGAUAUAGACCGUUUUAUCUCAGGUUGUCACCAAGAUGGAACCUCUGUGAAAUUAUUUACCAGGGUAAUUGAAAAGGUACCCACUAGAAUGGCAAUUGUUGAGUUUCCAUCAGCAAUUUUGGCAAGACUUGCAUUCCUUACAACAAUUAGAAAAUUUUGUCUCAACAAUCAAGUUUUGGCCCAGGUUCUUUACUAAUAUCUUGGUUGCACUUUGUUUCCUUUGGACUUGAAGUGUAUCUCAGCAAGGGUUCUGCUUAAGGAUUUGAAAUGGUGUUGCUAUUCAUUCAAUAACCAUUCUAGCUGCAUUGAUUGUCACAUUUCAACUUAUCAUAUUUUGAAUUUACUUUUUACCAAAAUGCAGAUUGAUGUUUGUUUUC